UUCAGUUCAGUUUCCCGGAGCGCAGUCAGUUCACAAGGCCAUUGCUUGGCGAGAGGUGUUUAAACCUGUGUCUGCCUGUAUUAGAUGUCUCCGUGUCUGUAAAUGAGGGGGAGAGUUUGCAGCGAGGAAUUCGAUCUUCCCGGGUGAUGGCAUCAACCCAGCCCUAACUCCCGGGAGCAGCAGGAAGCUUCGCGAUUGGAGAAGAGAGUUUUUGUUUUGCAGAAUCAAAAGAAUUGUCGCUCCCUUAUCGUUGUGAUUUACUAGUCCCGGUCACUUUCACCCAGGAGUAGGAAAAUACUGCCUCCUUAAAAAACGAGUGGAAGUAAAAGAUUGAAGCAUUUUGGGGACUUACUGAAAAUUGGACCAAGAAAUCCUGGAAGACGUAAAGUUGCUAAAGUGUGGCUGUUCUGAGUUUAUUGGCUGAGGUAACUAACACCUGACCAUGUCAACAGCUUUGAAGCAGGUAUUCAAUAAAGACAAGACCUUUCGACCAAAGAGGAAAUUUGAACCAGGUACUCAGAGGUUUGAACUCCAUAAGAAAGCACAGGCCUCCUUGAGCUCAGGAGUGGACCUGAAGGGAGCGGUCCAACUACCUAAUGGUGAAGACCUCAAUGACUGGAUUGCUGUUCAUGUGGUGGAUUUCUUUAAUCGCAUUAACCUGAUCUAUGGGACGAUAUGUGAGUUCUGUACUGACAGGAGCUGCCCGAUCAUGUCAGGAGGACAAAAGUAUGAGUACCGGUGGCAGGAUGAUCAUAAAUACAAACGACCCACUGCCCUUCCAGCUCCCCAGUAUAUGAGCCUCUUGAUGGAUUGGAUUGAGGUCCAAAUCAACAAUGAAGAAAUCUUCCCAACAAGCAUUGGAAUUCCCUUUCCCAAGAACUUUCUUCAGAUUUGCAAGAAGAUUCUCUGUCGACUCUUUCGAGUCUUCGUUCAUGUUUACAUUCACCACUUUGAUCGGCUUGGAACCAUGGGAGCAGAGGCACACGUUAAUACGUGUUAUAAACACUUUUAUUACUUUGUAACAGAAUUUAACCUCGUAGACCGCAAGGAAUUAGAACCAUUGAAAGAGAUGACAUCACGGAUAUGCCACUGAAAGUUUACAGAGAUUCCAGUUAGCUACAGACCCCAGCAAGCACCAACCCGCAACAAAUAUAUCAGCUCUCUGCUUGCAUCUGCAUUACUGGGACAAACACAUCAAAGAAACUGGGUGCAUGAUCUAGGCUGCUGCCACAGUGCAGUACUGAGGGAGCCCUGCAUUGCCAGAGCAUACAACAGUCUUUUUAUUAUUUAUGGGACCUAGGCAUCGUUGGAAAGGCCUGAAUUCUCCCCGCCCUGAACAGCCCAACAGCAACCUCAAGCAAUUUUGUGCAUUUGUGUUGGAAAAAUAUCUGAAUACUCCAAACAUUAUGAGAAGCACCCUGUAAUUUUAAACAUUUUCUUCCCUUUUAAUUUUGCAACAGUCCAGCAUUGAACUUAAACUGGGUCACUGCCUGAAAGCAAUAUUAUACAAUCCGAUUCACCAUGUCUUGGUUAGCAGAGUUCAGUCUGAUAGCUGAUAUCAAUUAUUCAGAGCAUUGUUAAUGGGUUCAUACCUUUCAUAAUAAAAUGUUGAGCAAGAGAGUGAA